AUGGCGGCAUCUCUGUUCACCUACUCAUCAACAUCUCGAAGAGUCACUCCUGCCCCAAACUCUCCUCCACUUCCAAUUCACAUCAAGGCCACCAAUGUAGUAUUCAACCCUGACAUUCCAGAGGUUCAUCGUGGUCUUGGACUCGAUGAUUUCGUCAAUUUCUUGACUUCUUGCCGCCUCCGAUACGCAAUCAGUGACGUACCAUCCGAGUUCUUCCCUGAACAAGUAUGUGAGUUUUACUAUACUGCAACAGUUAAUGAAGAAAACAAUGCCAUCACCGGAACAAUUGGCCAUGGCAGACACUCCGUCUUUAUCACUGCAGAGCUUCUCAGCGCUGCUUUACGAUUACCUCUGUUCGAACCUUUUUCUGAACCCCCAACUAUUGAAAGAUGUAAACGCAUGUUUGAUCAACUGGGCUAUGAUCAUUCAAAGGCUGGUACUCGAUCAGCCCUUAUUUUGCGUCAGUGCAUGACCGCAGGAUGGAAGUUUUUCACUGGUGCCUUGUGCAAGUGUGUGGGCCAUAAGUCUCGGAGUGGUGAUCAAUUGAGUAAUUAUGAGCAACAAGUCGUCUGCUCUCUUCUUCUCAACAAAAGACUGGAUUAUGGGGCACUUUUCUUUGAUCAGCUUGUUCAACUUCUACGUGCAAAUGUGCGUGCUGAUCAUGUUCCCUUUCCUCGCUGGAUUGCCCUGGUGUUCGACAAAUUCUUCGCUGCUGAUUAUUUUUCUCACUCUGGGAAUCCAAUCCAAUGCCCUCGCAUGUCCGUUCGCAUGUAUCAGGAUGAUCCUUUGGAUUCAGACAUUGGGAUCUCAGAUAGGAUGAGAGAAUGGAUUGCUCAUCCAUACACUAUGCCUUCUCUCUCAGCUGAUACUGAUGACGGAGGUGCUGAUGGUGAUCAUGUGGAUCCUGCUGAUCAAGAAGUGGAUCGUUAUGAUGGCGGUCAUUCUUCUCAAGGGAUGCCUCUCUCUCCGGGGGAGCAUUCAUCCCCAGUAGCUCGCCACUUCUCUCCAAGGAUGCAAUCCAGCUUUCCAGUUGCUCCAGGAACAUCCAUGAUUCAAAUUCCUGCUUCCGCAUUCUCUGAACUGAUGUCACUGACUCGGGACAUGAGUCAGCGUCUGCUUAAUAUUGAGGCUGAUGUUCAGCAAAUCAAGGAGGUUCUUUUACUUACUCCUGCUUCUCGUCCCAUAUCCGAUGAUGUUCAAAAAGGGGGAGAUACUGAUGAUCACAUUGAUGAUCACGCUGAUGAUCAUGCUGAUAGCGAUCAACAUGCUCAUGAUGAUGAAGAUCAAAAUGAAAAAGGGGGAGAUACUGAUGAUCACGCUGAUGAUCACGCUGAUGAUCAUGCUGAUAGCGAUCAAAAUGCUCAUGAUGAUGAAGAUCAAAAUGAAAAAGACACAGCAACUAGUGACAACAGUAUUCUUCAGCAUGACUCACUCAACCCCGUUGAAGAAGCUGAUCCUGCGGGACAUGAUAGUCCAGCAGCUACUGAAAGGUUAUCUGAUGAUAGUGAGCAUAAUGAUGAACACGAAUCUGAUUCUGCGGGGCAUAGUAGUCCAGCAGCCACUGAGAAAUUAUUUGAAGAUAGUGAUGAUGACGAAGAGCGUGAUAAACCUGAUGAUGAAUGUCAAAUUUUUGACAUGAACUUUAUUGAUCCUCUCAUUCCAGAUCAGCAAGAAAGCUUAGAUGAUCUUGAAGAAUCUAUUCCGAUACUUGCCGAUCCUAUUGCUGAUUCAAUCAUUCCGGUCCAAGGAGAAGAUUCGGACAUUGCCAUCCAGGGCUCAGUCUUCUCAACCUCCUCCUAG